GCGGCCACAGGACUGUCAAAGUUUCACCCAGUCAAAUGUCGGUCAGUGUUUGUGUCUGCGGGACGCGCGAGCACGAGCGUGACUCUGACAUGCAAACGCCAGGCAGAGAUCUUAGCCAUCAGAGCCACUGUCAUUUCCCAGUCGACAUGGUGGACACCCAGCAGCUCCUGGCCUGGCCUGUGGGUUUCAGUUUGAGUGCCGUGGACCUCUCGGAGCUGGACGACAGCUCCCACUCUCUCGACAUGAAGCACUUGUCCACGUUGGACUACACCUCCAUCUCCUCCACCUCCGUCCAUUCCUCUCUGUCUCCCCCACUUAUGUCCUCCAUCGCUUCCGUCGGCGUGGCCUAUGACCCCAGUCCGCCGCAGAGCGAGGAACACCUGACGAACAUGGAUUACACCAACAUGCACAGCUACAGGACAGAGCUGAACAUGCACAAUUCAAUCAAGCUGGAGCCAGAGUCACCACCUCAGUACUCAGACAGUCCAGUGUUUUCCAAGCUCCAGGACGACACGUCGGCAGCAUCGCUAAAUAUCGAGUGUCGCGUGUGCGGUGACAAAGCCUCAGGGUUUCACUAUGGCGUCCAUGCCUGUGAGGGCUGUAAGGGUUUCUUCAGACGCACUAUCAGGUUAAAGUUGGUGUACGAUCACUGUGAUCUUCACUGUCGCAUCCACAAGAAGUCCCGCAACAAAUGCCAAUACUGUCGCUUCCAGAAGUGCCUUAAUGUCGGCAUGUCACACAACGCUAUUCGUUUUGGCCGAAUGCCUCAGGCAGAGAAGGAGAAACUUCUGGCUGAGUUCUCGUCUGACAUGGAGCACAUGCACCCGGAGGCAGCAGAUCUGAGGGCCUUGGCCCGCCAUCUGUACGAGGCCUAUCUGAAAUACUUCCCCCUCACCAAGGCCAAGGCUAGAGCCAUCCUCUCUGGGAAGACCGGAGACAACGCACCUUUUGUCAUCCAUGACAUGAAGUCUCUAAUGGAAGGAGAGCAGUUCAUUAAUUGCAGGCAGAUGCCCUUCCAGGAGCAGCAGCAGACCUCUGUCCUUACAGCCGCACACGGAGGCCUCACAGAAGUUCACAUGGGGUCAGAUUAUGGCGUGUGGGGAAUGACGAGCAUCAGCGGACAGGAACCACAGAACGCUGUGGAGCUACGUUUCUUCCAAAGCUGUCAGUCACGCUCAGCUGAAGCAGUGAGGGAAGUGACAGAGUUCGCCAAGAGUAUCCCAGGAUUCACUGAUCUGGAUCUAAAUGAUCAGGUAACUUUGCUGAAGUAUGGUGUGAUAGAGGUCUUGAUUAUCAUGAUGUCACCUCUGAUGAACAAAGACGGGACCCUGAUCUCCUACGGACAGAUCUUCAUGACGCGGGAGUUCCUCAAGAGUCUCAGGAAACCUUUCUGUCAGAUGAUGGAACCAAAGUUUGAGUUCUCCGUUAAGUUCAACACGCUCGAGCUGGACGACAGCGACAUGGCGCUGUUUCUGGCUGUCAUUAUCCUCAGCGGGGACCGCCCAGGCCUUCUGAAUGUGAAACCCAUCGAGCAGCUUCAGGAGACCGUGCUUCAUUCGCUGGAGUUGCAGCUGAAGCUGAACCACCCAGACUCUCUGCAGCUGUUCGCCAAGCUGCUCCAGAAGAUGACCGACCUGCGGCAGAUCGUCACGGACCACGUGCACCUCAUCCAGCUGCUGAAGAAGACCGAGGUGGACAUGUGCUUACACCCGCUGCUGCAGGAGAUCAUGAAGGACUUGUAUUAGAACUUAACUGAAGAAAAGGACAAAAAA